UUCUAGCCUGGACUGUGGCUUCCGACGCUGCUGUGGUCAUGGGGAUGCAGGCACCAACAGACGGAAGGGUGCUUGGUGACUCUCAUCUACCCUGGGGACCCGGGAUAGCCAGCCAUGCCACUGCUGAGGGAAGCGGUGCCCAUGGAGAAGGAGCUGCGGCAUCUGCCUCCAAGCCCACUUGGCUGGUUCCUCCCAAGCCUGUUCGCCGCCUUCAAUGUGGUGCUGCUGGUCGUCUUCAGCGGCCUCUUCUUCGCCUUCCCGUGGCUGGCUCAGCAUGGGAACUGGGCCUUUGCCCUGGUCACAGGCCUCCUCUUCAUCCCUACCUUGUUUAGUCUCAUUUGGCUCAACUUCUCAGACCCUGGUAUCUUACAUCGAGGCUCUGUGGAGCAGAGUCCCAUGACAGUGCAUGUGGUAUGGGUGAACCACAGAGCCUUCCGCCUGCAGUGGUGCCCCAAAUGCUGCUUCCACCGCCCGCCCCGGGCCUGCCACUGUCCCUGGUGCAACAUCUGCGUGGAGGACUUUGACCAUCACUGCAAGUGGGUCAAUAAUUGCAUCGGCCAGCGCAACUUCCGGUACUUCAUGCUGCUCGUGCUGUCCCUCUGCCUCUACUUGGGCGCCUUGCUGGCCACCUGCCUGUUCUUCUUGGUGCACACCAGCCAUCUGCCCUUCUGCCUUGACAAGGCCAUGGCCAUCCUGGUGGCUGUGCCUGCCGCAGGAUUCCUGGUGCCGCUGUUCUUGCUGCUGCUGAUCCAGUCCCUGUCGGUGAGCGCGGCCGAGCGCUCCUAUGAGGGCAAGCGCAGAUAUCUUCAGGGAUACAACCCCUUUGACCAGGGCUGUGUCAGCAACUGGUACUUAGCCAUCUGUGCACCGCUGGGACCCAAGUACAUGGCCGAAGCUGUGUGGCUGCAGAGAACAGUGGGACCCGAGUGGGCGCCUAUGCACUUCCCCGCCAGCCCCUGUAUACAUAGGGACCCUCCAAUUCCCUCCGACCCUCAGCCCCAGCCACCUGGU